CAACCCCAGAAAGAUUUGCGCGCGCGCCUCUCAUCUGAACUGGAUCUUCUUCUGCCACCACCGCUUCUCUCCCUUCAAGGUGGUCCUUCCCUUCGGCGAAGUUCUCCGGUUCACUCCGAGUUGACUUGAAAAUGGCUGAUGUGGUACAAUAUAGAUUGGAGCGCAUGGUCGACGAGCUCGACGACCUCGAGCAACGUGGCCUCUUCAGCCGCCGCGAAAUCGCCGAGAUCGUGAAGCAGCGUCGGAAAUUCGAGUACAGACUCAAGCGUCCGAGUCCUCUCAAGCAGGACUUCUUAGCCUAUAUUGAAUACGAGACUCAGCUUGACGCGCUCCGGAGGCUCCGCAAGAAGUUGGUGGUGUCGCACGAGUCCAAGAGUCAAGGAAAUGAGAAGAAGAAAAGGAGGAAGUCCAAGUCGGAUUUCGCUGGCGUGAUGAGGAUUAUGGAGAUUUAUGAGUUGGCUUUGAAGCGGUACAAAGGCGAUAUUAAUCUAUGGUUUCGGUAUCUUGAGUUUUGCAGACUGAAGAAAAAUGGGAGGAUGAAGAAGGCCCUCGCAAAACUUCUAAGGUUUCAUCCAAAGGUACCAGGAGUUUGGAUAUAUGCUGCAGCUUGGGAAUUUGACCAUAACUUAAAUGUUGCAGCUGCCCGUGCUCUAAUGCAAGAAGGGCUUAGGGUUUGCCCAACUUCAGAAGACCUUUGGGUUGAGUAUCUUCGGAUGGAACUUACAUAUCUUAACAAGUUAAAGGCUAGAAAGGUUGCUCUUGGUGAGGAUGAGGGAACUUUGACUCGAGAUCAGAGGGAAGCUAGUGAUAAACAACAGAGAGAUGAAAAUGAAGAUUCAUUCAUGUCCUUCAAUGUUAAAACAGAAAAUAAUGAGAAUUCAAAUGUGGAAGAUGCCGACUCAGAAAAGAAACAAGCAUUAUUUGCUGAGCGUGGUAUGAGAAUCUUCCAAACUAUCUACAGUGGUGCAGUUGAAGCUAUCCCUUCAAGUCUUAAUGUUCGGCAGCGAUUUCUUGAAAUAUUGGAGGGUACUAAGUUAGCUAAUUCUGAAGAAAUGUGUAAGGAGAUGCUGAAUGGUAUGAAGAGAGAUUUUUUGACAGAGCCAGAGUUCUGGGAUUGGCUUGCAAGGCGUGAAUAUGACUGUGAAAGUAUGCAGGAGAUGAGUGAAGAAGCCAUCAUUCCUCAUAUGCAAAAGGCAAUACAGGUCUAUGAGGAGGCUCUGAAAAGUGUUCCUUCGGGCAAUAUGUUUAGGUUGUAUGUAAACUGUCUAAUGGAUUUUAUAUCUUAUAAAGGGGGAGAAACCAAUAUAUCUGGGUGUUCAGAUGAAGCUGUAAAUUAUGUAUUACAUCUGUUGAGAAUAUAUGAAAGGGCUGAAAGUAUGGAGUGCCUUACUGAGGAUCUGGCUUUUGAUUAUUUAUCAUUGUAUUUGCAAUUGGGACGGUUAGAUGAGGCCAGGAAGCUGUCGACAAAGCUCUGCUCUGGUAAACUUGCGGAGUCUGUGCACUUAUGGGUAUUAAGGAUAACUAUAGAGAUUAAAUGCGUAGCCAGGAGUUCUCCUUCCCAAAGUGAUGCUGCUCUGUUAUCCCUCUUUGAACUCCUAAGAUACAGUUUGACAAAAUUUCCCGUUUCAAAAUCUGAGAACUUGUGGGUAAUGGCCCUUAAAUUCUUUGCAAAUCAAAGACUGUAUUUUGGUAAGCUUCUGGAGACUUCUGUCACUACUUUGGCCAGGGAUGGUGGCAGUGAAAGUGGAUUUUCCCUCUCCUCUACCAUUGUAAAGUUUAUCCUUCAAAAGGAUGGAAUUCAGCAGGCCAGAGAGAUAUAUAAACGAUUUCUAGCUUUACCACAUCCCGGCCUUGUUUUAUAUAAAAACUGCAUUGACCUUGAAACAAACCUUGCUUCUAUUGGAGAUAAAGAUGGUCUCGUGAACGCCAGAAAAUUAUACGAAUCUGCACUUGCAACUUAUGAUCAAGAUGUCAAAUUGUGGCAAGAUUACUAUCAAAUGGAAAGCAAGAUGGGAACAUCAGAAAAGGCUACUGCCGUUGUGUGGCGGGCAAGGAGGAUAAUCAAAGAUCCUGGCGUAUUCAUUGUUUCCCCCGAUUUGGGAUGAUACUCAAAGACACUGAUGAAUCGUCUUGGCUUCAAUUUUGACCUCAUUUUUCAAAUAUCUUUCUUUUUAGAUAGGGCCAGGCAUGAAAGAGGUUUUCCCUUCAUAUUUUCUUUCGAGGAAGAUACAGCAAUUGCUUUAAUCAUGUCGUGUUUUUACAUUGUAACCUCUGAAUUGGAGGAUUGAAAUGUAUGUCAUCGUGUAAUCUAAAAAUAUUUUUCUUUUUGGAGGAAAAUAUUUACAACGUUUUCAGUCUUACUGUAAAUUUUUUAAUAAAAAUAUCUAUAAUUAAUUCAAGUUAGUAA